UAUUGGUUCAGGGAAUUGUGGGAUAUGAACUCUUCAAUGGCCAUUUCGGGGAUUGUCAAAACUUGGUGAAUUAUUUUGCCUUUUGAUGGCGUUUCGAACCUAAGAACAUUUUUCUUUUCACCCAUUUGAUUAAAACUGUAAUAAAAUUUGUGUCUACCAAUAAUAACAGUUGUUUUAUCUGGAGAGAUGUGUGAGAAAUAAGUAAAUCUCUGAUAGAAGGUCAAUACAGGGACUGUUUUGGUUUUGACAGCUCAAAUUAUGGAUGAUAUUUUUUCUAAAGUCCGGGAAGGAAGCGCCUUCCACGUCCGUGUGUGGUUAGACAACACGGAGAAUGAUCUAAAUCAAGGAGAUGACCACAGGUUUAGUUUACUUCACUGGGCAGCGAGGGAGGGCGGAACCAACAUUGUUGACAUGCUUAUCCAGAGAGGGGCUCGCAUUAAUGCCACAAACAUGGGUGACGACACCGCCCUGCAUCUGGCUGCCAGCCAUGGACACAGGGACAUAGUGCUUAUGUUAAUGCACAACAAAGCAAACAUCAAUGCCAUCAAUGAACAUGGGAACACCCCACUCCACUACGCCUGCUUUUGGAACCAAGAUCUAGUGGCUGAAGACCUCGUCAAUAACGGGGCACUUGUGGCAAUGGCUAACAAGUUUGAUGAAACACCACUGGAUAAGGCAAAAGAUUACCUUUCUAAGAGAUUAAAAGAACGAGCAGCAUCACUGGGUCAAGACCUUCAGAAGAUCCCGUUCAAGGAUCGCAGCUGGCUCGGGUACAAGACAAGGAGUCGUGAUGCCCUCCUCUCCCGACACACAGGCAUCAACAUUGAUCAGCUCCAGCUGAAUGGUCACAUGGCCACAACCCACUCGGGAGAGGUGUGGCGUGGCCUCUGGCAGGAGAACGAUAUUGUUGCUAAGGUGCUUAGUCUUCGAGAGUGUACUGUACGUAAUUCACGGGACUUUCAGGAGGAGUUUCCCAGACUCAGAAUUUUCAACCACCAAAACAUCCUGCCUGUACUGGCCUGUUGUAACCAGCCUCCCAAUCUUGUGGUCAUCUCACAGUUCAUGCCAUACGGAUCACUCUUCAACGUCCUACAUGGAGAAACUGGUAUAGUGGUAGACCAGAACCAGGCAUUGCGGUUUGCCAUCGACAUUGCCCGGGGCAUGGAGUUCCUGCACACCCUGGAGCCCAUGAUACCUAACUUUGUCCUCACCAGCAAACAUGUCAUGAUUGAUGAAGACCUGGCCAAAAUUAAUAUAGACGACCCCAAGUAUCGGUCACCUGAGGGUACAAUUAUCGGGAUUGAUGAGGACUUGACGGCCCGCAUCAACAUGGCUGAUUACAGCUUCUCCUUCCACGAGAAAGGCAAACUCUACUCCCCCGCUUGGAUGGCUCCGGAAGCCAUGCAGAAGAGGCCCGAUGAGAUCAAUGUGCGAGCUUCCGACAUGUGGAGUUUCGCUAUUCUGCUGUUCGAGCUGGAGACACGGGAGGUGCCCUUUGCCGACCUCACAUCCAUGGAGAUUGGCAUGAAAGUUGCGUUGGAAGGACUGCGUAUCACUAUCCCGCCCGGCAUUUCCACCCAUAUUCUCCGACUUCUCAAGAUCUGCAUGAACGAAGAUCCCGGAAAAAGGCCACGUUUCGAUAUGAUCAUACCAAUCCUUGAAAAGAUGAAACAUGCCAGCUAAACUCUCAACCUAGCUCCUUUGUGUUCUAAUUGUAGACCAUCAAUGCUUAAACUUCAGGUGGUUAUUUGCAGACAUGCAACUGUUUUCGUUUCAUUUUGUUUUUUAUAAUUUUUGAAAGAGUCAAAUUAUCAUUUUCUGAUGACUGAAAGUGUGUGUUAAUUCAAAAACUUGUAUUACCAAGAUAGCAAAGAAGAUAUAUUUGACAGAUUAUUGUUGAUAAGCAAUUGUGAAAACGAAAACUGAGAUAAAUCUGACAGUUCUUUCACUCAAACUUUGUCAUUGUAGAAUAGGAUAUUGAAGAGCUCAUUGCAAUAGCCGUACGUUUGUAUGGUGAAAUAGUUUGAUUUUUACUAGAAAAGUAGUUUUAGGUGAUACCUACUACACCAUUGGCAGUGUUCAUAUUUUAGUGGUUUUAAAUAACAAAACAGUAAAAUAUUCUUUAAAUACACCAAUACUUUAUAAUUGUAAAUACUGUAUUCUGUAAAACUAUCCCCCUUUUUUUAUAAAGUUAUCACAAGUGCCAUGAUAUAUAUUUACUCUUAUUUUGUGUACACAUUUGUUGUUAUAGGAGUGUAAAUUACGGUUGUCAUAUUACAACUUCUAAAAUAUGUAGUUGGUAUUCCAUAUUACUAUAGUAUGUUAUCAGAAGAUACUCUCCUAUUAAGAGUAAACUAGGCAUUCAGUCAUUAAAUUCAAUUAGUGGUUAUGCUUUUAUUUCCACCAAUGAGAUAGCUGUAAAGAUUCUGAUUUGAUAGUCAAGAAAUCUUCUGACGAAAGUUCCAUUUAGUCAUUAGUUUUGAUUUAUUAAGAUAUUUGUUCAUUGGGUCCGUUUUUUUCGUCAGCUAGUAAAGGGACGGUUCGUGCAAACACUCGGACAGUUAUUGUUAACUUGUGCCUUGCUAAAUGGGCUGUACCCGUCUAAUGCCAGUCUAAUGAUUAAGUAAAACAAUAAAUAACAAUCACAUUA